AUGCAUAAUCGCUCCUAUGACAUUGGCAGCGCCGUCGAGCGCCGGAAGAACUCACCUGACGAGCGGCACUGGAUCGUCCCAUUCGGGCGUAACAAGGAAUUCGUCGGCCGUGAAGCGAUUCUCCAGGACCUCCUGGGGAGGAUCCCUCCUAGUGUAGAUGAAGGUGACUGCCAGCGGACUGCAAUCGAAGGCCUAGGUGGGGUCGGAAAGACGCAGAUCGCACUCGAGGCCGCUUUUCGUGUCGGCGACGCGUAUCCGGACUGCUCAGUUUUUUGGGUCCCCGCUGUGGAUGCCACCAGUUUUGAGAACGCAUACCGCGCUAUCGGCCAGCAGCUCAAGGUACCCGGGAUCGACGAGGAGAAGGCAGAUUCCAAGGCACUUGUCAAGACAGUUUUGAGUUGUGAAAGCUCGGGCAGCUGGCUUUUGGUCGUUGACAACGCUGAUGAUAUAAAGCUCUUUGGUGACACAGACCUCGCCGACUAUCUUCCAUUCAGCCGGAAAGGAUCUAUUCUGUUUACAACGCGGAAUCACGAAGUUGCGGUAGAGCUAGUCGAGUCUGAGCGUCGCAUCAUCCCAGUUGAAGAAAUGAGCAGAGACGAAGCCCUUGAGCUGUUGCAGAAAGGGUUGAAGGGGAAUCAGAUAGGCGAUGUGGCAAGCACUGAUGCGCUGCUGGGAUUUCUUUGCAAUCUCCCCCUAGCAAUACGGCAGGCCUCUGCUUAUAUGGGCAAGAAGCAGAUUUCGACUACACAAUACCUUGAGCUAUGCAACUCCAGUGACGAGGAAACGAUCGAGCUGUUAAGCCGGGACUUUGAGGACCGACAUCGAUAUAAGGACAUCCAAAACCCUGUCGCCACAACUUGGCUGAUUUCGUUCCAGCACAUCUCAGAGCACGACCCGCUGGCAGCAGACUACCUCAGGUUUAUGUGCUUCCUAGCUGGGAAGAAUAUUCCGCAAUCUGUGCUGCCGCCGUCCGGGAGGCUAAAGACUAUCGAUGCACUUGGGACCCUAAAGGCAUACGCAUUCAUCUCCCAACACAAGGAGUCCGAUUCUUACGACAUCCAUCCGCUAGUUCAAUUAUCGAUGCUAUGUUGGUUAGCUCAAAGUGGAGAGCAGGGGGAAUGGGCCGCCAAAGUACUACAACGGCUUGCAGACGUGUUUCCUGUUCCAAAACACAAAAACAGAGAAGAAUGGAUAGGGUAUCUUCCGCAUACACAGCACGCUCUUGAGUUGCGGAAGGGUACAGAAGACGGGGACGCACUGACUGGUCUUCUAUCUAGGGUAGGUAAUAGUUUUCACCAGUUAGGAAAAUAUAAAGAUGCGGAACGGAUGCAUCGGCAGGCAUUGGGGUUGAGGGAAAAGGUAUUGGGCAAGGAGCAUCCAUCUACACUUACCAGCAUGAACAACCUUGCGAGUGUACUUAACAGCCAGGGGAAGUACAAAGAGGCCGAGCGGAUACACCGGCAGGCAUUGGGUCUGAGGGUUCUAGGAGAUGAGCAUCCUAACACGCUGACCAGCAUAGGCAACCUGGCGUCGAUGUACCGGAACCAAGGCCGGUAG